AUGAGGUCGGCGGUAUACUCUAUCAUUGCGGCUCUGCUCGCUUACCAGUUCUACGCCCUAGGCCCUCUGAUUCAACGUGCAGUGACUGUUCUGGGCGUUUUCCGAAGCUAUCCUGCGGGUGACAUAGGCACCACGCAGCAAGUGACCUCUAUUCCUGACACAACGCAUUGCGAGGAUCUUCACCAUCAUGUUCCGAGCGGUCUCCUCUUCACAGCCUGCGAAGAUGAUCCUAGUACGCGGUUUCAGUGGUUUCCCCCGCUUGGAAACUUGGAUAAUCCUAAGCUGGCCGCCGAGAGUAGAGGUUCCAUCCAUGUGAUUGAUCCCAAGGGUCUUGAAUCACGACGGCUCAAGUUCGAAAACUUCGACGGUGCUUUCAUCACCCACGGCAUUGAUGUAAUCGACGACCCCGAAUUGCCCACUGGUCAGGCCGUCUACAUUUUUGCCAUCAACCACCUUCCUGACCCCACCCCUACCGCGGAAGGCGAAGAGGCAAAGGCAAGGUCCCAAAUCGAACUCUUCCACCACAAGAUCGGCACCAACACGAUCAGACAUAUCCGAUCUGUUUGGCACCCUCUGAUCCGGACGCCAAAUGAUGUCUAUGCCACCAGCCCGACUUCUGUCUAUGCCACGAACGAUCAUUACUACACCGGCCAUAGCAUCAUGCGCAUGUUGGAGGAUGUCUAUUACGGAGCCAAGUGGACAGACACUGUGCAUAUCAAGCUCGAUUCCUUGAGCCCAGUCAAGACAUCAGACGCUGGUCUGAGUGCCAGUGUAGCCCUCGCCGGAGUUCACAACAACAACGGUCUUGGCCACGGCCGGACCGAAGACGAGAUCUUGAUCGCACAAGCAGCUAGUGGCACCCUUCACAUUGCUCAGCUCCCACCCAAGGGUAGCUCAAACUACAACAUUACCAUUUUGGACACGCUCGAGGUUGACUCUGUUGUCGACAACCCCAGCUACUUCAAGGACCCUCUCGCCACAGGCCCCUCGGAUGACCGCAGUGGUUUCUUGUUGCCAGGCAUCUCAAAGGCUGCCACUCUCGCCGAGACUUCCAGAGACCCAGCUGGCAAGGAUCCUGUCAAAGUCUUCUAUACCAAGCCUUCAGCAGGUGUGAAGGCGCAGCAGUGGGAGACAAGGGUGAUCUUUGAGGAUGACAGCAGCAGGAUCAGGAGCGCAAGUGCUGCUGUCCUCAUCUCUCUCGGCAAGAGCAAGGCGCGGUUGUUUGUUACGGGAUUUGUCUCGGCCAACGUUAUUGCUCUUGAUGCAGACCUAUAG